ACCAAGCAAAACCCUCCAACGAUUUUCAAUGAUUGGAAGAUAUAGAAGCAGAGAGAUGAAGAAAAAGCCCUAAAAACCGAACCUUUGAUCUCUCCGAAAUCGGAGUUUGUUUUCUUUGUCUUUGGUUUCGAAAAUGUAUAAGAACCAGCUACAAGAGUUGGCGCAGAGAAGCUGCUUUAAUCUACCUUCGUAUACUUGUAUUAGAGAAGGUCCUGACCACGCGCCGCGAUUCAAGGCUACUGUUAACUUUAACGGUGAGAUCUUUGAGAGUCCUCAGUAUUGUUCUACUCUUCGUCAAGCUGAACACUCUGCUGCUGAAGUUGCUCUCAAUGCUCUCUCUAAUCGUGGUCCUUCUCACUCUCUUGCCUCCAGGAUCUUGGAUGAGACGGGUGUGUAUAAGAAUCUGUUGCAAGAGAUAGCUCAAAGAGUCGGAGCUCCUUUACCGCGAUAUACUACUUUUAGGUCUGGUCUUGGCCACCAACCUGUGUUUACUGGUACUGUAGAAUUGGCUGGAAUUACAUUCACUGGAGAUCCAGCUAAGAAUAAGAAGCAAGCAGAGAAGAAUGCUGCUAUGGCUGCUUGGUCGUCUCUUAAACAAUUGGCAAAAGAAACUUCAAGUUCAAUGCCUGAGCCUGAGAACAUUGACGAACUAGAACAGGUGAUUAUAGCAAGGGCCUUGAUAAACUAUCGUAUCAAGGAAAAUAUUGGCACAGGAAGCUCCUCGAGUGCCCCGGUUCCAUUUGCAAAGAAGUUCUUUAUGCAGAACCCUAGACCAACAAGUCCACAGCCUUCUCCUGCAACCACUUCAAGAAUCUUACCCUUUAUUUGCCCAAAACAACCUUCCAGAAGCAGCAGAUCCUUAGCAGCAACUUCCGGUAUUGACAGAAUUAUGGCAGCAGCCUUGGAAAGUCGCAGCUACCAGCGGCCUCAGCAGAGAUUUGCAAACCCAGGCACCACAGCUCAGCCUUAUGUUCCUAUGAGACAUUUAAGAUCACCAUGCCAUGGGAUGGCUCCACCUGUCACAAUCAGAACCGCUGUACCGGUCUUCUCUGCACCCCCAAUGCCUCCUCCACCAUGUACAAACAACACCCAGCUACCUUCUUCUGUGUAUGUCCCAUCGCUGAUGCGAACUGCACCACCUGUGAGAAUCGCACCACCUGUCACAAUCAGAACCGCAGUGCCUGUUUUUGCUUCUGCGCCACCGGUUAGAAUUAGAAAAGUGGAUAUCCAAACUGCUGUGAAGCCCACAGUUGAGGUAGGAGAAACCCGGGUAUCUUUGGUCCAAGAAAAGGAGGAGAGUAUUCCAGUCUUGCCUGAUACUCUUGAAAUUGGAGAAGAAGGAAUCACUAUACCAAUUUCAGAGAGAGAGAAAACAGCUGCAAAGGACUCAUCGAAAGGAGAACCGGAGACAGCAAGAGAGCGACUGGAGAACCUAAAAAUCUGAUGUCUUGAAGACUGUCUCUGAGUUUAGUUUUUUUGAGGUUGGUUUCUGAAAAUUGUUACAUUAGUAAUCGUUCGUUAUUAUACUCGGUGGAUCGAGUAGUUUGAUAAUCCGAAAGAUUUGUAUUAUAUUGGGAGUUUUAGGAGGAACCUGGCCAUCUCUGGAUUGUAGAAUUGUAUCAGUUUCACUUCCUAUUCUGUUUGUUUGUGUCCUUUUUAUAAAUCCGUUACCUAUCG